CAUUUCCCGACAUGCAAAGGGCGGGGGCGGCUGCCGGUCUCGGGUGACAUGGGCCUGGGCCGUGCUAUGGACUACGACUCCCAGCGUGCUCCGUGGCCUAGGGCCGGAAGGGCCCGGAUCCGGAAUUGGAUGUGGUUCACUGCUCAAGUGGCGGAGCUGGGGGGAAAUGGCCACAGGAACAGACCAGGUGGUGGGACUCGGCCUUGUUGCUGUUAGCCUGAUCAUCUUCACCUACUAUACCGCCUGGGUGAUCCUCUUGGUAUGUCUGCCUCCUCCGCCCUCGGCUCACCUUCCCCCAUCCCUGGAUCUUGAAGUCGACCCCUUACACCAUCCAUUCAUCGACAAUGAGCAUGUCAUCCACAAGUUCUUCCUCCCUCGAGCAUAUGCUGUUGCCAUCCCGCUGGCCGCGGGUCUCUUGCUGCUCCUGUUUGUGGGAUUAUUCAUCACCUAUAUUAUGCUGAAGAACCAGAGGGUGACCAAGAAGGCUCAGUGAAGGCCCAAAAGAGAGGAGGCUGCCAGCAUCUUCUCUCCGUCCAUCCCCUCCAGAGCAGGGACCAAGGGUCAGAGCCUGUAGGACAGUCCAGGCGAAGCAGCCCCUCCAGCCUGGCUGCCAUGCAGCCCUCUUAGGAAUGGAGCUGCUCAGGCAGACCAAGCCUCUCCUGCUCACUCUUCCAGAAGCCAGGAGGAGGGAGAAAGACCUGGAAGCCUCCCUUUCAUUCCCUUCCGUCUCAGGGCCUGCCCGCCUCACUCUCAGACCAUCCCUUUUCCCUCUGGGUUCCACCUCCUUGCUCAGUUUCCCUCCAGUGACAUGCUGAUGACGUGGGACUUAGCAGGGUGUGAGGAAGCACAUGGCCUCUCCCUGUGUCCCCUGAGCACUGCUGCUCCCCAAAGGCAGCUUCUGAGUCGGACACAGCCCAGACCCCACAAGGACAUCUGGACCUGGAAAGCCCUGGGGAAAGCCUGAAGACCCCAGGGCACUGGGACACAUUAAGGCAGCCACCCCAGGCCCCCAGGCCAUGUUUACCUAGGACGAGCAGGCUCCUGGCCCAGAGUGGCCUGUUUGGGAGAACUCAACAAUAAAUGUUGAUGGUA